AUGAGCGACUUGAACGAAAGCGAAGCGAGUUUGGAACAGCUCCGCGAUGUACUCCUCAAUACUAGUGGCCAGGAGAAACUCGCCAACAGAUUCAGGGCAUUAUUCAGCUUGAAAUCGAUAGGUGCCGAAUCGGAGAAUGAAGAAGAGGUUCACAAAGCGAUCAAAUAUAUUGCACAAGCUUUCCAAGAUAAGUCUGAACUUCUCAAGCACGAGGUGGCCUACGUAUUGGGACAGACUUCCAACUUGUUUGCUGCUCCUUUUUUGAGAGAUGUGCUUACCAGUAAUGACCAACAAAUUAUGGUGAGGCAUGAAGCAGCAGAGGCUUUGGGUGCUCUUGGUGACAAGGAGUCAUUGGAGUUAUUGCAAAAGUACUACAAGGAAGACCCCUCGUUGGAAAUACGGCAAACUUGUGAGUUGGCUAUAGGAAGAAUUGAAUGGGAAAAUUCCGCCAAGGCGAAACUGGAAGUUCUCGAAAAAUCCGCUUACACCUCUAUAGACCCUGCUCCACCUAUGGCAUUAGACAAGGAGGCAAAGAUUGAAAAGUUACAAAAAAUAUUGAAUGACCAAGACGAAUCUUUGUUCGAGAGGUAUAGAGCCAUGUUCAGGUUGCGUGACUUGGGAACUGAUGAGGCAUGUCUUGCGUUAGCAUCUGGUUUUGACGACCCUUCAGCUUUGUUCAAGCACGAAAUUGCUUAUGUUUUUGGUCAAUUGUGCAACCCAGUCACUGUUCCAUCUUUGAUUAAAGUGCUUAAAGAUGAGUCCGAAGCUGGUAUGGUUAGACACGAAGCCGCCGAGGCGUUGGGAUCUAUUGCCACCGACGAAUGUUUGCCUGUAUUGCAGUCUUUCAUGAACGAUAAGGAGGAUGUGGUUAGAGAUUCGGCCGUCGUAGCCUUGGAUAUGUAUGAGUACGAAAACUCCAACGAGAUGGAAUACGCUACCAUCAAAACAUGA